AUGUGCAAUGCUGUUGCUGAUAGCCUGGCCAAGCUUCGUGCUAAAGAGAUCGGUCAGAGAGGAGUCCAGAAAGAGAGACACAGAGAGAUAUUAGGAGACACAGAGAUGGGGAGGCCACGGUGCUUUCUGGACAUAAGCAUAGGACGGGAACUGGAAGGGAGGAUUGUGGUGGAGCUUUACAACGAUGUGGUGCCCAGAACCGCUGAGAACUUCAGGGCUCUUUGCACUGGCGAGAAGGGCAUUGGUCCCAACACUGGGGCUCCUCUUCAUUACAAGGGAAGCCGUUUUCAUCGUAUUAUUAAAAACUUUAUGGUGCAAUGUGGAGAUAUCUCUGCUGGCGAUGGUACUGGGGGAGAAUCUAUCUAUGGCUUGAAAUUUGAAGAUGAGAACUUUGAAUUAAAGCAUGAAAGGAAAGGAAUGUUAUCUAUGGCUAAUUCUGGUCCUGACACAAACGGGUCUCAGUUUUUUAUUACAACCACUCGCACUUCUCAUCUAGAUGGAAAACAUGUUGUGUUUGGGAAGGUGAUUAAAGGGAUGGGAGUGGUGAGAUCAAUUGAGCAUGUUAAGACUGAUGACGGUGACUGUCCUAGUGUUGAUGUUCUAAUUGUAGACAGUGGAGAAAUUCCUGAGAAGGCAGAUGAUGGGACAUCUAAUUUUUUCAAAGAUGGUGAUACUUAUCCUGAUUGGCCAGCUGACCUGGAUGAGAGUCCUAAUGAGAUCUCCUGGUGGAUGAUUGCUGUUGAUUCUGUAAAGUCUUUUGGCAAUGAAAUUUACAAGAAACAAGACUAUAAGAUGGCCCUUAGAAAGUAUCGGAAGGCUUUACGAUAUCUAGACAUCUGCUGGGAGAAAGAAGGGAUUGAUGAAGAGAAGAGUUCAUGUUUGAGGAAGAAAAAGUCCCAGAUUUUCACUAACAGCUCUGCUUGUAAGUUGAAGUUGGGGGAUCUGAAAGGAGCAUUGUUAGACACAGAAUUUGCAAUGCGUGAUGGAGACAACAAUGUGAAAGCUUUGUUCCGGCAAGGUCAGGCAUACAUGGCACUCAAUGACAUUGAUGCUUCCGUUGAAAGCUUCAAGAAGGCAUUGGAAUUGGAGCCAACUGAUGUUGGAAUAAAGAAAGAGCUUGCUGCUGCUAAGAAGAAGGUUUUACGUGCAAGUUAUUGUCACAGAUCGCUGAUAGACGUGAUCAGGAGAGAAAGGCAUACAGCAAGAUGUUCCUAUAGGGGCAUUCAACCGGUUCUGCCAUGGAGUCGGGGGACAACAUCCAGAUCACUUUACACCAAAUACAAUUGUACAAAAUUGAGGAUUGAACAGAUUCUUAGAUUUUUCUUAGGAGUGUGGCCGUACUACUCUAGAACUGGCUGACGCCUGUGAAAACGGUUCCUCGAGACAAUUUUGUUUUGGUUAAAAUUUGGAGAAAGUUCAAAAGUUUGACUUGGAGAUGCUUUUGGGUGGGGUGGUACUGUUCUCUUUCAGAACUUCGAUAAGAUAGCCAGACAUUUUAUUUGGUUUGUUUCAACCAUAUGCUCUUUUCUCCUUUUCUUGGUUA